GAGCGGAUCAGUUGUUUUGCCGAAGUCGCGGAACGAGUGCUUUUCGGCAAGAACCUGACCUGGGCGGGACCGUUCAUCUCGACAGAACCUCAAACUCCAGCCCUUGCAAUUGAGCGUCACGCAGACCCUCGACGGAACAAUUCUCGAGACUCGAACCCCCCCGAAAUACCGACAUCAUGAGCUUCGUCACCCGCCGAGCGCUCUCGACGCUCAUCCCCCCCAAGGUCGCUUCUCCUAAGGCCAUUGGCGCUGCUCCUGAUGCUAUCCGCAUGCAGCGUGUCGUCAGCUUCUACGAGAAGCUCCCCCGAGGUGCCGCCCCCGAGGUCAAGGCUAAGGGUCUCCUCGGCCGAUACCAGGCCAAGCACUUCGGCAAGAACCCCACUGGCAAGCCUAUCAUUCACCUGAUUGUCUUCCUUGUCAGCAUCGGUUACGUCCAGAACUACUACUUCCACCUUCGCCACCACAAGAACAACGCUCACUAAGCAGCUUAAAAUGGCGUUUAGAUACCUUAGAUGGAUCAUUGUGUGAGAGGGAGCGGGGGUCGUGUACAUAUAAACUCCGGAAACUUCGCGGUCGAGCACGCGCCUUGGCUUCCCCAUGUAUCUCUAACAAGCAAGUGAUGUGACAAUGCCAUCACGUUUUUGGUUAUGCGCUGUUCUUUUGUUCUACGUAGUGCUGUGCCUUCGGAGCGGAAGCUUUCUGUGUAUCCAUACCUCUGUCAGAAUUGUAAGCUUUUUGGGUGGUGCUGCAUUCUCAAGCUCUUCCGCAUUCUGCACAGAGACCGACCGAUAUUUGAGUUGCUAAAUUUUGCACGUCAAGAAUUCCUCUCGGCUUUCC